AUGUCCGACCCUGCGGCGCACCUGCCCUUCUUCUACGGCAGCAUCUCGCGCGCCGAGGCCGAGGACCACCUGAAGUUGGCGGGCAUGGCCGACGGUCUCUUCCUGUUGCGCCAGUGCCUGCGCUCGCUGGGCGGCUAUGUGCUCUCUCUCGUGCACGACGUGCGCUUCCACCACUUCCCCAUCGAGCGCCAGCUCAACGGCACCUACGCCAUCGCUGGCGGCAAGGCUCACUGCGGCCCUGCAGAGCUCUGUGAGUUCUACUCGCGUGACCCCGAUGGGCUGCCAUGCAACCUGCGCAAACCGUGCAAUCGGCCGCCAGGCCUCGAACCACAGCCCGGAGUCUUCGAUUCUCUUCGCGACGCCAUGGUGCGCGACUACGUACGCCAAACGUGGAAGCUGGAGGGCGAGGCGCUGGAGCAGGCCAUCAUCAGCCAAGCCCCCCAGGUGGAGAAGCUCAUCGCCACGACGGCUCACGAACGGAUGCCCUGGUACCACAACAGUCUGACUCGCGAAGAGGCCGAGCGCAAGCUCUAUUCGGGAGCUCAGACGGACGGCAAGUUCCUGCUGAGGCCCCGGAAGGAGCAGGGCACAUAUGCACUGUCCUUGAUCUAUGGAAAAACUGUGUACCAUUACCUCAUCAGCCAGGACAAGGCGGGCAAGUACUGCAUUCCUGAGGGGACCAAGUUUGACACGCUCUGGCAGCUGGUGGAGUACCUGAAGCUGAAGGCAGAUGGGCUCAUCUACUGCCUCAAGGAGGUCUGUCCCAACUCCAAUGCCAGCACUGCUACAGGGGCCGCUGCUCCCACACUUCCAGCCCAUCCAUCCUCGUUAACCCAUCCUCAGAGACGGAAUGACACCCUCAACUCAGAUGGAUACACCCCUGAGCCAGCGCGUCCAGUGUCCCCAGAGAAAACACGGCCGCUGCCCAUGGACACGAGUGUGUAUGAGAGCCCCUACAGCGACCCUGAGGAGCUCAAGGACAAGAAGCUCUUCCUGAAGCGUGAGAACCUCCUCAUGGCUGAUAUCGAACUUGGCUGUGGCAACUUUGGCUCAGUCCGGCAGGGCGUCUACCGCAUGCGCAAGAAGCAGAUCGACGUGGCCAUCAAGGUGUUGAAACACGGCACGGAGAAGGCAGACAAGGAUGAGAUGAUGCGGGAGGGGCAGAUCAUGCACCAGCUGGAUAAUCCCUACAUUGUGCGGCUCAUAGGCGUCUGCCAGGCCGAGGCCCUCAUGCUGGUCAUGGAGAUGGCAGGUGGCGGGCCCCUGCACAAGUUCCUGCUUGGAAAGAGAGAAGAGAUCCCCGUCAGCAACGUAGUGGAGCUGCUGCACCAGGUGUCCAUGGGAAUGAAAUACCUGGAGGAGAAGAACUUUGUGCAUCGUGACCUGGCAGCACGCAACGUCCUACUGGUCAACCGGCACUAUGCCAAGAUCAGUGACUUUGGCCUCUCGAAGGCAUUGGGUGCCGAUGACAGCUACUACACUGCUCGCUCAGCAGGGAAGUGGCCGCUCAAGUGGUACGCGCCUGAGUGCAUCAACUUCCGCAAGUUCUCCAGCCGCAGCGAUGUCUGGAGCUAUGGGGUCACCAUGUGGGAGGCCCUCUCCUAUGGCCAGAAACCUUAUAAGAAGAUGAAGGGCCCCGAGGUCAUGGCCUUCAUUGAGCAGGGCAAGCGGAUGGAGUGCCCACCAGAGUGUCCGCCUGAGUUGUACACACUCAUGAGAGACUGCUGGACCUACAAGUGGGAGGACCGUCCUGACUUCCUGACCGUGGAGCAGCGCAUGCGGGUCUACUACUACAGCUUGGCGAGCAAGCCUGAGGGGCUCGAGGCAUGUGGACAGGGGGCCGAGGCUGCUUGUGCCUGA